AUGGGCCAAAAAUAUUCACGACCCGAACCGUGUUAUCACGGCUAUGGUGAUCAACCACCUGCCAAACGGCCAUGUAUAUGUCGUCGUCGAUCAUCGGGUUUAAUAUUACCACGAGGUUCUAAACCCGAUCUGUUUCCUCAUUAUCAACGACCAAAACAACGUCGUGAGUCAUUUCCAUUUAUAUAUGUACUCCUCUAUACUCCACAUCACGAUAAUACAAUACGAACAAUGUCUGUCGGUCAACGAAGCAUUUUAGACACCAUUGCUGCUGAAGGUGUUCAUUUCGCAUUAUGGUCUUCAAUUAUGAGUGUCGGUGGGGGUUUAGGAGAGAUCUUCGUCAAUCAUGAUGCUCGUAUGCAUAUUGCCGGCGAACACGCUAUACCAGAACUUCUCGAAGCACACAAACGAUCAAAAUAUUUAACGAAUUUGAUGUUACUUGUCAGUGGGGUGUCCGGUGCAUUAGCCUACCAACAAACAAAAGAUAACUAUUGGCUUAUUGGCUCAGGUUUAAUGCUCGCUGGUAUUCCAUACUGUGCACUAGUCGAAUAUCCAGUUGCUGAACAACUCAAAUUCUUAACACUCGACGCUAAAUCAGAAAAAGCUCGUACGUUACUCGCUUCGUGGGGUGGUAUUCAACUUGGUAAACUCGCAUUAGCCGUCGGUGGUGCCACAAUUUUCUAUUGGUUCGCUCGUCGUUGA